AUGAACAACAUUUUGAAACUACAGGGAGCGGGGACAAAGAGGCCGCUCGACGAGAUCGACGAGUCGCCUGCGAAGAAGGCUCAAAUAACGAGCAUGCAGCAGCCCGCCAUUUCGAAGCACUCGUUUAUUCUUAGGUGGGUUGAAUCUAUUGAUUCCGACCAAGAUACGCGGGAUGCCAACGGCUUCACGACGCCAACACUUCCUUCGCCCGGAACUUCCUCAUGGGCCGACAGAUCGAACUUCACUGGGUCCUGUUCGGGUAGAAUCCUUGAGGAGGGCUUCUUUUACCAGCGCAAUAACCUGCAGGGGAACGGCAUCUACUUGGAUGAUCGACGCCACCCGACUCCAGAGCACAUCACCAACCUCGUAAACCAGAUGCGCCAGGACCGUGACUCUCCCGGCCCAACGGCGGAUGAGGUUUUGCAAGACAGAGAACUCUAUGACCUCGUGCAUGAACGUGCACCAAAGUCACAAGUGGAAAAGUAUUUCUUAACUCGCAUUCUCUUCGACGGGCCAUGGGAUCGAGACGUUGUUGAACUCGGCGAUGGAGAGGUGCUGACGAAGGAGGAUAAAAUUGACUUUCUCGCUGAUAUAACACCGUUCGAAGGUAUCACUGUAGGAAGAGAAAAAAGCUAA